UGUACGGAAAAUGACGGAAAUAUUUCCGGAAAAAUACGAAGUAGAUGAUCAACGUCACAGUCAUGAAUCCAACAUGUCUGACAGUGAGAAUUACACGACUGGCGGAGAUGAUUCCAUAUUUCUUUCGGAUACUGCAUGGCUCGUGCGACACUGGAAAUAGCGAUGUUUCGUUUCAAAGACGGCGUAUAUCGUCGUAGGACGGUCACAAGAACAGGCCCGUACGUUUAUUUCCGCCGGCGACGCAAAAAUGUCAUGCAUCAAGUGAUAACCUGCGAGUAAACUAGCAAGAAUUUUCCACCAUCUGUUUUUGAGUAUUGAGGGAAGAGAAACAUGGAUGAAAUUCAUCGUGAACUCCUCAUGAAGAGACAAAAAUACCUGCGUGACAACAUUAUAAUGGAGGAACGCUUAUUGAGACGUCUUAAAGAUUGUGGAGUUUUCUCAAAUUCGAUGAUCCAGACUAUUCAGAGCGAGUAUGACGCUGACCGGCAGAUUGGCCGGAUGUUGGAGAUGAUCACGCGGCGGGGCCCGGAUGCGUAUGGGAAGCUGAUGGAAUGUCUUUGCGAGGAAUACCCCUGGGUCGUCGAUAACUUCCGGGAGAAGGAGCAGGAUCUGAUGGAGCAUGCCAGAGCGAAUUCUGAUGUGAAUCCCGACAUCCGACAGACGGUAAAGGAGUACGUCAGGGAGUUGGCACGGACAACCAGGAUGAAUAAUGCCCAGCGGAAGAACGUGGAGGACUUCCUGUGCCGCCAAAUCACCAUCGAUACAAACCUCAACAAUGGCAGCAUGCCCGGCAAAAAGUUAUACUCCAUACACAAGUUGUUGAUGCAAGCUAUGCACGUAACGUCCUUAAACGAAAACGAGCAGAUGGACGUUAAUAAUAUCCUACCCGAUAACGUUACCAUUGACAAAAUUGAGACCGAGGUGAUGCAUAUGGUCAAUCGGGUCCAAGACCUUGAAACGGUCAUUGACACUUGUUACGAAAAACUGGGAGAAACCAACAAAGAAAAGGAAUUGCCUGAUCUUGUUUGGACACAACAGAAGCAACUAUUGGAGAAGGAAAUACAGAUCGAGGAGCUGAAAGCAAAGGUGACGACGCAACACAAGACCAUGAGACUGGCACGGGAGAAGGAGAAACGGGCGAGAGAAGAAAGUGUGAAAAAUAGUAAAGACAAGGAAGAUGUCGAACGUUCACUUGAUAUUUUGAAAGCAAAAAUACAUAAAAUGCAAGAAGAGAGACAGAGGAUAGGGAUGAGGAUGGCGUUUGACAGUGGCAAUGCAAUCGUGGCGAGUACAUCAACGGCUGCCACAUCAGCUGAGGCUUCCACUAUGCAAGACCCCUCCCAUUCGGAGCAAAAGCCUCCAAAAGUUCGGAUGGAGGAAAAGACAAAGCAUGUACAUGUAGAUGACAAAACUUCAAGGUUGUGGGAACAUUGACUUCAUGUGAUUAAAUCAAGGCCCAACAUGGCAUUAUUAACUAUUGGUAUAUACGUGGAUUGUAUUGAUGUCAAGCAUAUUUGUGUUUUCUUUUAUAUUUGUCACAUACAUUAAAUUUCAAAUUUU